AUGCCGGCCUGUCGACUGUGCCAAAGGGCCAAAGUCGACUGCACCAUCUUUGACCACGCACUACAGCAGACGCUGUCCCGAAAGUAUAUCCAGUCUCUCACCUCGCGCCUGGACAACCUCAAGGCCAAAUACGCCGCUGUCACACUAGAGGCUGUUGCGGGCAGACAAGCUCUGCCAGAGGAUAUUCCAGAUCGAUUGAGAUCGCAUCAAGCGCAAGGAAACUCCCCAUCCGUCCAAGAAUCAGCACCCGAUAGUGACCAUGGAGGAGACUUUAACAACCAUUUCCCUGUUCCCAGCGUCAAGGGUUCGACUUCUCGGUUCUAUGGUUCGAGUUCCGUGUUUGCGCUUGCGGUCGAGACGCUGGCGUUGGCCUCCGAUAAGAAUCUCUUCAGUCCUUCGAGUCCACUAGAGCCUCUCCUUUCAGCCAAGGACGGUCAUGACCGAGAUCUGGAUUCCGUGGCCCCCACAGCAGUCUUUGAUACCGGAAGAGAUUUCGUGCAGUCACUUAUCGCGGAUUACAUGGCAUCCAUCAAUGUCAUACAUCCAUGUGUGGACGAAACUCACCUGAAAAGGGACCUAGAUAGGUUUCUGGCAACGAGUGGAACUCUACAACUCGACGCGGACAAUCUACAACGGAUCGAAAAGUAUCAAUGCUUCCGCAUCGCCAUGAUGUGUUCUAUAUCCUGCGUCGCUAAGGCACGGCACAGCCCAAGCCUCAUGGCGUACGGCAAUCAAUUCUACGCGCAAGCUGUGAGGUACGUGGAAGAAGUAACGGCAGAGGUCUCUCCACAGUCUCUCGAAGCCCUCCUCCUUCUCGUGAUUUAUUGUCUCUUCAAUCCCCGCAAAGGCAAUAUAUGGAAAAUCCUCGACUUCGCCUGUCGCCUAAGUGUUCAACUCGGCUAUCACACUGAGCAAGGGCACUCGACAUCGGAGAGUGAAGCCGACAAGACCUGGAGGAGAACAGCCUUCUGGAGUCUCUACUCCAUAGAGCGACUGGUAGGGCAAUGUUUCGGGCGACCUUCAGACCUCCCCAGCUCGAUCGUUACCACAGAAUAUCCAACUGUCCUCGCAGACCCGGCACUCUUGGACAACGGUUCGAGACAGAAGGUAGCAGCAGCCCAAGGAUUCCAUUUGAUGUUCCUCCGCUCGGAAAUCUACACCGACAUUUACCUUUCCGCUGCCAGCCCGCAUCCGAGGUUGGAAUGGUUUCUCGAGCAACACGCCACACUGCGACAAUGGUAUCAAGAUCCCAGCCAAAGCCACCUCAUCAACGACAGCAAGAAUCUCGCAGGAGUUGGCGAGAUCACACGCGAUAUCAUGUACCACUCCUCAGUUCUUUUCCUCUUCCAACGCCAUCUUCUUGAAGCCCUGGCCACCAUACGGCACAAUCGUCUACCACAGCGAGAUUCGCUCACCAUUGCCUCGGAACCCUACCACUCCUCGAAGAUUCUUCUGAAUUUGUACAGCCUCAUUAUCCGCUCCACGACGUCCAAUUCACCUCUGUUCAUCUUUCCCGUGACGUUCCUCGCCGCAUACUCGAUCUUUCAAGCGGGCAUGACGCUUAUCUCCUUCGCCCUCCUCUCCCUUGAGUCCGGUGUUGUAAUCCAAAGUCCCUCCCCGCUCACUGCCGGAGGCCACCGAGAUUCAGAGAGGGAAAGAUACGGAGAACAGAAGCUUGACUUCUCGGACCUGCUGACCCUAUCGAACGAUUGCCUCGUAUUACUCGCCUGGUGUAAAGAGCAAUGGCCCGGAAUGGAGGGCAUGGUGGAUGCCUUUGCGCGAUGUAGUGCCGAGACAAUACCGAAGGUGCUGAGAGUGUCGGAAUGA